UGCAGUCACCAAGUUAGCUUUUCGUAAAUCCCUCAGAAAAGCUUGGCGACCAAUUCGUGAACGCACGCACUACAACAUGUGCUCCCAUACACGGAUUCUUAAACCGGGAUAGUGGACGUUUUAUUCACAUUUUUGAUUGUUUCAGUGCUUUGUUUUCCUUCUUUACGCAGUUGUUCUUUCAUUAGAGGUUUCACCGAGACCGGAGCACCCUUAAUUACAUCUUCAAGUGUUCGUUCACGUCGUGUCUUAAAAACUGUGGAUAUUUGGCACGGGUUACUGCUCAAUUUAACGACAGGGUUCGGCAAACUUCUCUGAAAUUAACACUUGAGAAUCAGCAGCGUACUUAUCCGGCUACGUGAAACGUCAUGAACGCUUGACAGUAUCACUUACUCUAAAGGGCAGGGAAAAGUGGCUGUUGUAGACUGCAGAAGAGGGCUAUCAAUCAAAUGGCAUUAGAACUCAGGGGUGGACAAAAUCAAACACAGAACUGCGAUUGUAUACUAAAAAGCGAAACCGAGCCUCCUCAUCGGGGGGAGUCCCAAGAUCGUGAGGGAUCACACAAAAUCACGCCAGACUUCCCUAUAGCAAGUGCCUGUUAUUCAAGUAAAACCAUGACGUCACAAGAACCAUGUUCAAGGGAUAGUGGCAGCAUGCCGGCUGCUGCAUCGUCAGACCAGGAGAUAACGCAAGGAGUCCAGUCUUUGAAGGCGCUGUCUCUGAACGGUCUCAACCCAAACCUAUCUCAUUCUGCAAGUGCUUCUGAAGACUCAGUGUUGAUGCCUUCGGGUGUUAAAGGACGCCCUCACCCCAUUCUCUCAUGGGGAGAUGUAACGGAGAUAUCCAAUGGCGAUCGGUCCAAGACACAGGAGUACGUGAAGCAUCCAAUAGCAGGAUCAUCAAGUAGUAGUGAUCCAUGGCAAGUGAGAUCCACGCAGAACCCAUCAAAGCCUUUGGUUAGAAGACCCACUCCAAUGGCAAUCCGUGUGCCUAAAUCCGUACUUGGGAAAGGAUCAAGUAAAAUGAUGGCCGAAUCCGUUGAAGAAGAAGACGAAGAGUGGGUGGCUGGAGACGGAGAGGAAAGCCCAGUACCAGUUUCUUUGAAACAGGGAACAAACACCGACGUCCUUGUCAUAGAAGACAUCGAGAGCAGUGACGUUGAAAGCCCGUCACCAGGACUGUCAACCCCUAAAGAUCUUCAGCUCGGCUUGGCGGUUGGCGGCCAUACCAUGGAGCGAAAUACUGAUGUUGGUAGUCCAACUAUCGUCGUCCAAACAGACAUCGGUGAGGAGCUCUCUCAAAAAGAGGCAGAGCAGCUAGAGAAUGCAGACGAAGAUGAAGACGAGGAAGAAGAAGAGGAGGAUAAUUUCGACGUCGGCGACAAGCAGUUUCUUUCGCCAACUGCAUCUAAACCGUUCGUGCAGAAUCCUGAACCAGUAGCAAGUAACACUCGGGUCCAGUCUGUUCCUCACCAGCCACGCAAGUUCGUCCGCAGACAGACACCUGUCACAUUGGAUCUACCAAAAGACCUCAAAGAUAUCAUGGCAGCACCAUCAAACGAAGGUAUUAUGGAGGAAGAGGAGGAGGAGGAGGAAGAGGAAGACAACAGAACGAGCGAGUGCGGGCAGCAGAGGUCGAAAGCAGCACAAGCCACAAACGAUCAAGCGGAUGACGCUCAGGCAUCAAUGGAUAACAUUUCAUCUUCGGAUAAACCUGCUGAAACUGAAAACACAGUAGAUGCUAACACUAACGCAGUGGGCGAAGAGACCACGAAAAGUGACACUGUCGCUCCAGUCAGUACAUCAGGUCGUCCAGAUAUAAUCACUUCGGUGAACAGCAAUAACAAUAAUCGCGAAGCACCUUCAUUCGAUCUUGUUGAGGCAGCGCAAGAUACGGUUGUCAAAUCUCAGGUCGGAAGAAACCUCCAGGAUGGUAAGCUUGAAAUGGGUUUACCCACUCUGCAACGGCAAUCCCUCUUCAAGAAGUCUGCUACGUCAGGUACCAAAGACGGAAGCGGAAGCCCUAGCUCGACCAGGAGGAAAGUAUCUCCACAUCACACCAAGAUCUUAACGAGACAACUGACGCCACUCGAAAUAGAAGUGCCCAAGCAUAUCAUUUCAGAUGCUAUGAAGAAAAGGUCAACUGAUGCAUUCUUAGAAGAGGAUGAAAGCUGAACCGAUGGAUGAUUCAUUCCCAGACUUAUAUGACUUAUAAUUUUGGAUCACAUUUCUUCCAAGCAAAAUGGACACUCUCAAAAAUGAGGAGGCUGGUUUCUACUGGAUGGAGAUAAUACUAAGGUGUUUUGAACAUCAGAGAUCACGUCUUACCGGCACCAGUAUACAGAUCAAUUUUACAACAAUUGGAAAUCAGCGUUAUCCGCCAUAUAGGAGUUGCCUACUUAAAGGAUCAGUUUAACGAACCAAAUCGGAUUUGUCAACCAUUUCAGAGAAACAGAUCAUUGAUACAAGCCGUCAACAUCAUUGUUUUCAGCCUUGCAGAUUGGUGCUACUAGCUACUCAUACAUCCAAUGUAAAAUACAUCUGAAUAAAGCACUACGCUGAUAUUUUGCUGUGCUACGAAAAGCGCGGGAAACUGCACGAAUAACAUGAACAAUAAAUGAGUGUUGGCCUAUGUGAAAUAACGAUUUUGUAAUGCAAUGUAUUAACGCUGGCUGUUCGCCUCGCUGCAUUAAUUCAUUUGUCACUUGGUUGACAGUACACGGUCGUGAGGAGAUCAAUUACUUUUGCGUUCAUUUAAGAAAGUGUUUGUCAUUGUACCUAAUUGCAAGACGGCGGUACCAUACACAGAAUGAUGUGAUCUCUUGUGAGAUAUAUACGUUAUCCUGCUUCGAAGGUUGCUAUCAUAAAGAGAUGCCGACAUUAGCAAACUAUUUGUACAUUAACCAUGAUGGCACAUCAACGAUGCUUAUUUUCUGUUAAUUAUUUCAGUUGAGCCCGCAAGCAGAUGCUAUUUGUUUUCAACUUUCCCAUUAAGUAAAGUUAGGCAACAUGUGAGGACAUUUCGUCACAGUUAUUAGGACGUGGUUGGAAGACCAGCGAUUCGUUUACAUGCAGCUAUAGCCUAUAUAUAGUCUGUAUGGCGUAUUCCUAUCAUUUUCAUCUUGAAAUAAAAAUUCAAGGGCCGAAAGUCCGGUGCUUUAUAUUUCCCGUGCAUCAUUUUAACACUUUCAUAUAAACUAGAAAACUAUAAAGUUAUGCACAAAUUAUGUUUUAUAUUCAUAUAUGCUUAAAAUGAAAAAGCCUAUGGAAUGUUUCAAGUAAAACGAAUACCGGGUAUUGUUAUGUUGUUAAGACGUUUUCUCGUUGUAUUGUUAUCUCAUAAUCAUCAUCGUCAUUUAUUUCACUCGUACGAGGGGUUACUGACUUCCGCGCCAUGAUGACACUUAUUACUGCUUUCUUUCUUCACCAUAUUCUUAACGCAGACAAAACUGACCAUAAUGUUUAUCAUUUAUCUUCUUUUUUCACUAAAAUGUUAUACAUGUAGUUCUACAUCUCGUAGUUCUACCACUCUUUGGUAUAUCACACACAAUUUGAGGCGUAUAGUUGCUAAUAUGGGCCGUAUUUUAGAAAGAACUGGCUAGCACUUAGUCAGGCACAAAUGCUGACAACGAAAACAAUAUUUGUCAUGCUCGACAAGACUCUUCAGUGUGGAUAGCGUGAACAAUAAAAUAUAUUCCGAGACGUCUGUACACUUAAACAUUUUUUUUCCCUUUUCUUUAUCCCCGAACACUUUUCAGAUAUUUUUCUGCACCGUGGUUUGAGUACAUACUGUUGUUCAAUUUCACAAAUAGUGUACGGUUGCUAAUUUUUUUCUCUCAAGAUUUUGAUACUGUAAUUGCAUCAAAACUCAUUAAGCUAUCGAAUGGCUUCAGGGAAUAUGAAACAAGGAUGUGAAUUAAUAGAUGUGAACUAAUAAAACGUCAAGUAAACAUCGAGCCAUUAUGAAAGUAUCUUGAACACAUUAAUCAAAAUUAAUGCUUGAUGAAGAUGAAGUGUUUGAGAGACAUGGGGAAAUAUUUGUUUCCAAGAAAAACGUCCUUGCUUUUGUUUGCUGUAAGCUUUGGCAAGUCUUAUAGAUACGGCACAUUACAAUAUCAUUAACAAAAGAGAAUGUAUCCCUUUCUAUUUACUGUAUUUUUACAUUGGUUUGGGAUUUACUGUACUUGUAAACAAAAAUAAGCCUAUGAUCAGCAAGGGACAAUUAUUCCCUUCAUUUUCGAAUCUCAAAACUGUUUUGAAUUUCAAUUUGGUAUAGUUCUUGACAUGGUCGUGUUGUGAAUAACUAUUGAUAUUGCUCGACAAGACUCUUCAGUGUGGAUAGCGUGAACAAUAAAAUAUAUUCCGAGACGUCUGUACACUUAAACAUUUUUUUUCCUUUUCUUUAUCCCCGAACACUUUUCAGAUAUUUUUCUGCACCGUGGUUUGAGUACAUACUGUUGUUCAAUUUCACAAAUAGUGUACGGUUGCUAAUUUUUUUCUCUCAAGAUUUUGAUACUGUAAUUGCAUCAAAACUCAUUAAGCUAUCGAAUGGCUUCAGGGAAUAUGAAACAAGGAUGUGAAUUAAUAGAUGUGAACUAAUAAAACGUCAAGUAAACAUCGAGCCAUUAUGAAAGUAUCUUGAACACAUUAAUCAAAAUUAAUGCUUGAUGAAGAUGAAGUGUUUGAGAGACAUGGGGAAAUAUUUGUUUCCAAGAAAAACGUCCUUGCUUUUGUUUGCUGUAAGCUUUGGCAAGUCUUAUAGAUACGGCACAUUACAAUAUCAUUAACAAAAGAGAAUGUAUCCCUUUCUAUUUACUGUAUUUUUACAUUGGUUUGGGAUUUACUGUACUUGUAAACAAAAAUAAGCCUAUGAUCAGCAAGGGACAAUUAUUCCCUUCAUUUUCGAAUCUCAAAACUGUUUUGAAUUUCAAUUUGGUAUAGUUCUUGACAUGGUCGUGUUGUGAAUAACUAUUGAUAUUGAUUUCACUUAAUUAUUAUGCGUGUUUUAUUUUCCAACUACUGAUAAAACUUUUAUGCACGACACAAAAUCGUGAAUUUCAUUUCACAAUUAUAAUGAUUACCACAGCCUUUAUUGUGUAUACAUUACAUGUAUCAAGAAAUUUUUGUCUAAGGCCUAAAGUUUGGCUACUUGAUUAUGAAUCAUUCGUUUUGACCAUGUCCCUUGAGUGUUUAAUUACUCAGCAAGUGUUGUGUGACUCAUAAAAGUAGAGAGUUAAUGCUUUCCAAUUAUUUCCACUGAUUUCUUCCUCUUCCAGCGUAAGUGCUGCUUCAAGGUUGUUUUUUUAUUUUUUUAUUUCCGAAAUCAGAUACAAAUAUUAUACAAAGAAAAAUAAACAAAAUGAGAUAUGAAUACAUCUACAUAGAUAACAAUCGGAGGAAAGCCCACCUCAGCAAUGUUCAUAGAAAAUUACUGUUCUUCCUUGGGGCCUUACACUACAAUAUUUACACAAAAGUGUAGAUAAAGCAGAAUAUAAACAAAACAUAAAUACAAGUUUUUAAAAAUACAAAAAUUUACAAAUAAUAACAUACGCACAAACACAAACAAAUACACAAGGUUAUGCAAACAAUAAUUUGAGUUUAAGGAAGUGUGUUAAGAAAAAUUAUCAGUUAUAAGGGUAUGAAAGAUUUUAAUGUAGUUACAUUUCGGAUGCAUUCUGGUAGUUGGUUGUAUUGUGUCACCCCCUAUAGAAGAAUGUUAUUUUGCAAUUAUUUGAAUUCGGUGUAGGGAGAUCUAGAUUUUGGGACGAGCGAAAUGAAUAUUAUACAUGCGAUAUUUGAUAUUAUUUGACAUAUAAGACGGGGUGGAAUUAUUUAAUAUCUUAAAACGCAUGGUACAUAAAUGUUUUUUGUAACGGCAGUCUAGAAAGUCCCAAUUUAGAGUACCAUGAACAUUUUAAUUGGAUGUAUGAGAAUAAGGACUUACUGCUUUCAUUAUCACACGGCCCGCCCUGUUUUGAAGCUUUUGUAAAAAUGAAAGGAAGGAUUUAGCAGCGGACUGCCAAACCAUGUCUCCGUAGUCAACGUGUGGAAGAAACGUGGUUUUGUAAAUUAGAUUCAAUUCAGAUUCAUCUAUAAAGUGUCUUAAUCUACCAAGGAAGCCAAUAAUUUUACUAAUUUUGUGACACAUUAUAUUUAUAUGAGCAUCCCACUUUAAUUCGUAAUGUUUAGUUCAUGGAAGUUUGUUGAAGUCACCGGUGACGUAUAGCGUGCACAUCGUUGAACCAUUUCAACCCUGUCGGUGUUCCGCUAUACUUGUGCAUGGAUCCCAUGCUGUUGCAGCAUAUUCCACGACUGGUCGGACGUAUGUGAAGUACGUGGCCUGCUUGAAUUUCCGUCGCAAAAAUCUGUCACAGAAAUCAACAUGAGUAUUGAAGUUAAGCUUCUGAUCAAUGUGGAUACCCAGAUACUUGGCGGAACCAACUAAUUCUAAGAGGUGCCCUCAUUAAACAGAUAUUUGUUGACAUUUGCUUUAAGAAUAUGAUGAAAUUGUACUUUUUGCGUAUUGAUCGCUAACAAAAUAGUACUUUCUACUUUCAACAAAUUCAAGUUGUGCGUGUCGUACACCAAUAUAUUUAAUUGAGUGGUGCAGGUAACUGCAGUUGGUCUGCAAUAGGAACUCUUAGAUUUACAAGACGAGAGCGUGGACUGCCGCGUGUGACAUUGUGUUAAGGCACUGGGCCGUGCCCGGCAGUGCCUUAAAAGGACGUCACAUUACCUUAAAAGGAUGUCACACGUGGCGGUCCACGCUCUCGUCGUGUAAAUCUAAAAGUCCCCAAUGGCAAAAUGAGGCAAACGACAUUAACAAGUUGUUAAGAUUUAAUCGGAAAAGAAGUUCGGAAAGGCGAAUGUGUUUUCUGUAUUAUGAAUAUUUAUCAACUGUGUUGACUGUUUUAGUUUUUUCAAGGAGAAACAUAAAAGAAAGAAGCCUUGUGUAUAACUCGCACCCUGGGGCAGCAAAUUGAAACUUAUAAUUCGUCAAAAGCAGGAAUUUUCGAUGACUGAGCACAAUGAUCACGGUGCAGGAGGAAUCAUUUUAUGCCCAUUGGUUCGUAAUACUUUCACAUACUGUUCCGGACAAAGAAUCACUAUGUGGGUAAAUAACUGAGAAAAGCCGAGCUAAACGAAAGUACUGACUUUGAUGAGGGCAAGUUAAGUAUUUUAUCACGUUAGCAGAAAAGCGUUUAAGUUGUACCAAUGAGUUCCACGAGUUUCUAAAUUCAUAAUUAUGCAUUCCACGUCUAGAUAAUACAAUGUACACUCUUUAUUUCACUGUCUUCACUGAACUGCUGAAAAUGUGCUGUCGCGGAAAUGCUUAAUUUGGUGGAAAACUAUUCCAUAUUGACGUACCUACGGUAUGGCAUGGCAGCCAUGCUAAAGCCGGGGUAGUAAUUGUGGAGUCACUGGAGUGCCAUUAGCGCUAUACAAGAACCCACUAUUAUAAUUUAUAUUAUUGUAUCCAUACCUUUUCUUUGAAAGGCAAUGUUUGUUGUGUGAAAAAACGCUUACACAAUGUAUAUCAUAUUACAUAUUAAUUACGCUAUCCUGCAUCAUUACUGACAUCUUCCGUGAGAAAAAUAAGCUUUUUUUAAAAGUCAAGUUCUAAUCUUGUUACUAAUAUUUCUACAAAUAAACUGUGAUGUGGAUUCUCUUGUGUAAAAUAUCAGAAUACAUUACAAAAUGAGACAAAGGAAA